UUGCUGGUCAGUGUUCUUUAACAGUUAAAAUGGCGACCUGCAGAAGAAAAAUGUUGAACGUCUCUCAACAGAAAAAAAACGACAAUUUAUAGUUAAAUCCAGGGUUUGGUGGUUUGUGGCAACAUGUCUUCUUUACCAGAAUCUUCCCAACCUACAGACAGAUUCUCAAUUUUAGAUCUUGACAAGAUAAAAGCUGAACUUGAAUCCAGUGGAAAAAUCGACUGUCCAACACCAACUUGCAAAGAAACUUUCAAAUCCAUCUGGGGCUUAAAAUUUCAUUUGAAAAAGAACAGCUGUAACUCUCCUAAAUUUAACUGUGAUAAAUGUAAUGGCGCUUUCCAGUCGCGGAUACUUCUUCAGCAACACGUCUGUGGUGCAUCAAAGGAAGAUACUGAUGGAAGCAUGAAGAAAGGCAAUAAAGACGAUGCUAAAGGGGACAAUGAUAUAAAUGUUGCACCAAUUAAUACUAAUGUUAAAACUGAUUCUUCUGAAAGUUUGACAAGCAAUCCGGAGAUGUUAGCUCCAAAAAGAAAACGAGAAAGUUGUCCGAAAAAAAAGGAUGAGUUACCAAUAAUUCCUAAAGAAAACCCAACAGAGAUUUCUCCUACUCCAGGAGAAGAUAGUUUGUUAAAAGAUGAAAGAGAAAUUUAUCAAGAAGUACUUGUCGGAAGAGAAGAAACUUGCACCACAUCAGUGGAUCCCAUUCAAACACCAAAACCCGCAAUAGAAAAUGUUCAGGUUCUCACUUCGCCAAAGAGAAAAAGAGGAAGACCUAGAAAAACGGAGAGUCCAGCGAACAAAUCCUCUGAAAAAAGAACAAGUAGAAAUCCCAGUGAAUUGAAUAAAGAUUCAAAGAAUAGUGGUUUAGAGUCUGCCAAAAGAGAUGGCAUAAAUGAAAACACUACGAAGGAUACCACGAAUGAUCAGAAACAAACUGGUUCUGCCAACUUACAAGACUUUGCAACGCCGAAGAGAAAACGACGAGGAAGACCUCCAAAAGCUAAAACCAACGACCUGAUAGGAAUAUCAAGUAAGGUGUCUGACAAUUCUAGAGAUUCUUCUGUGCAACAGAAUGGUGUGAAAUCCAUUAAGAAAAGAGGCAGGCCACGAAAGAUCACAACCGAUAGUCCAAGUGUUGAUGUUGCUAAAAGAAGCAGUGCGCGAUCUGCGUCAAAGAAAGUGAAUUAUGCAGAAACAAAAUAUGACGAUAGCGAUGAUGAUAGCAUCCUUGACAACGACGACGACGACGAUGAUGAUGGAGCCUCAAAGAAACCAAAACUAGACGCCUCAAUUGAUGGAGAUGAUGAUGAUGACGACGAUGAUGAUGAUGAUGGUGUUAAUAUCAAAACACCAAAACCAGUGAAGACCACAGCACAAACUGAAAAACAGAAACUGAUGGCUAGUCUAAAGAAGCAGCUCAAGACAGGAAAAAUUUCUUGCGCUAACAACUGCGGAAAAAAGUUUGCUAGCAUCGCAGGGUAUAACUUUCACUUGGAAAUUUGCGGCAAAGAAAGAAGCACAAUAAAGUGUGAUGUUUGUGGUAAAGAAUACACCACACAGGCUGGGUUGAAGUACCACAUGAAUGCUAAUCAUCCAGAGACUGAGGACGAGGCUGAAGAAGAAAAAGAUAAAAAAGAAGAAACCGAAGGCCAGGAAACGACCAUUGACAGCACAGAAGAUGCAUCGAGGAGACCAAGAAGAGCUGCUUCAAGAGCGAAGCAGAAGUUCCGGGAAAUUGAAAUAGAGCAGAAGAAAAUCGAAAUAUCGAAUAAGAAGAGUAGUUACGGAAGCCGAUCAUCAACACUGGACCAGCACGUGAAGAAACUGAGAGAGGAUAUCAUCACUCCUACCUUGAUAAAAACAGUAAAAGAUGAGCUAAGGGAGAAUAAAGAAAUGGUGUGUCCUAAUGAGGGAUGCGAGAAAUUAUUUAAAGCAUUUAUAGCAUUCAGAAAUCAUUAUUUGCAAUGCGGCUUCGAUAGCUGUCCCUACAGUUGCCUGUUGUGUGGGCAGGGGUACAACUCCAUAGAUGGUGUAAGAAGUCACGUGGAAAAAUUCCAUGGAAUAGAGAAAAGAAAAUUUCAGCAAGAAAGAGUUCUUCACCCAGCAUAUCCCUACCCACAAUCACUGGUCUAGAGUCCGAACCAGUGACGUUUCCGGUUACAUGCCAACUUCGACAGAAUCACCACACUUCCGUAUCGUKAGACCAAAUAUCGAGCAGCAUCAGAACACGUUGGAUACACAGUUACCUGUCUUCACUGCUCUGCCUAAAGAUGAYAGUGGUGUCCAUGGAGAUCGCAUAUUUUACGCAGGGGGACCUGUAUGGGAACUAAGUUGGUGUCCGACCCCAGAUGGGGAGCAAAACGCCAACCAGUACUUGAUAGCCAGUGCACAUAAAUCAUUUGACACGGUCCAUAACGCCUAUGAACACCAYAAAGAAAAAGGCCUACUUCAAGUAUGGAAUCUAGGGACACUCUCGAACACUUCAUCAAGCUCCGGMGAAAGUCCAACAUUAGCUCUUACUAUAGCACAUGAUUUUGGACCGAUAUGGAGAAUAUCCUGGUGUCCGAAUGGAGUCUGGCAAUCCCCACCCCUAACCGUGGACAAGGACAAUAAUAUUUCACGAUUAGGCUUAAUGGCACUAGCUUGUGGUGACGGGAUUGUGCGAAUAAUAAGUGUUCCUCAUCCUGAUGACCUUCUGUCAAGACUUAGUGACUUGUCUAAUGUCGAGGCUAACGAAACAGACGAAAAUAAAUCAAUUAAUAAAAUAAUGGUUCAAUGUGUGCCUCACGUGGAGUUGUACCCUUGCCCUCUCAACGCUACUUACAAUGGAAGGCGUGGUCAAGCACUUUGUGUUGAAUGGUCAGUGGUUGAACCUUAUAAUAAAGUUGCUGCUGGAUUUUCAGAUGGUACUGCAGUGGUGUGGAAUCUUCUUACCGAGUCACCUUUACUUAGAAAAUCCACCGGAAAGGAAAAACUGACUUUACGUCUGGCACCUAACAUGUUUAUCAAGGCUCAUUCAUCUCUAAUACGAGACCUGGCUUUUUGCCCUGGUAACGAUGACUUCUUAGUUACUGGUAGUCAUGAUCGAAGUUACAAGAUAUGGGACCUAACGUCAUCGAUAUCACCGGUGUAUGUAACAAAGAAAGGACUUCCUUAUGAGGUGGAAUGGCCAUUCUGUGCCAAUGGGUUUUUGUAUUGUGAGGAUAUCAUAUAUUUUAAAGAUGAACCCUCAGUAAGAAUAUUUAACCUAGCAGGCGUGAAACCUCUGCCUCGUGUUUGCUUGAAAUUUCCUUCUUCUCCAUAUACAUUGUCGUUCAACAGUUGGAUCAAUGUCUUUGCCAGUGCUGAUGUCGCUGGGAAUGUUGUACUUGGUAAAAUGAUUUCUUCAGGCGAAGAAAAAUGGGAUCUCUACAAGACGAAAUUAGAAGACCUUGAAGCAAGUGGUGAGACACCAGAUUCUACUGACGAUGUAGCAGCACAAUUAAAAGAGAAAAGCCGAAGUCUAACAGAAGAAACCAGCAUUUCACGAAUCGUGUUUGAAGACAGGAAUACUUUGCAAUUUCAAUUCUUGGUAUCAAAGAACAACAACAAAGAACUGGAUGAAAAACUGCAUCCAGUUCCUUACAACUGCUCAACAUUACAGGCAGUACAUAAGGUCAGAUGGAACCCAAAUAAACAGGCUCUGACGUGGAUAGCUACAGGGGGUGCAUCAGGAUUGGUUAGAAUACAUCACAUUAGACAAGUAGAACCUCGCCAUCUUAAAUCUGCUUCGUAGCAGCUCAUUCAUGGCGGCCAUUUAAUUUGUCAUGCCUAUUGUUUUAUACGAUUCAACAUGACCGCCAUGUCUUUUGUCAKAUCAUCCAACAUGGCGACCAUGUCUUUUGUUAUAUCAUCCAACAUGGUGGCCAUGUCUUUUGUCAUAUCAUCCAACAUGGUGACCAUGUCUUUUG